CAUCAAUAUCAACACACAUUUUAGAGUUCAUUAAUUCAUCAAAAAUGGUUUUCAAGACAAAUCUUUUGUUUAUCAAACUUUCUUUGCUUUUGCUUCUGAUGAUUUUCUCAGAGGUUUCUGCUAGGGAUAUGCCUGCUCUGCCUUCACACCCAUUACUCAAAU